ACAAAGUAAAUUUGGUUAGCUUUUAGAUACGACAGCAAGCAUAAGCCACAGAGAAGGAUGAAUUGAACAUCUUUUCCUUGGCCAUUCUUUAAUAUAGGUCAGCUGGCAACAAAGUCUCAUAUUUUUCCUUCAUCAGAAAAUUUCCUUAGUUCCCCUUCCCUCCUGAGGAUCAUUUGCCAGAGACAGGAUUUGUAGUCGACUUGAAAAACCUGCCACUUCCUUCUGGCCUCCAUGCUGUCAGAUACAAAACCUACUGUCACUUAAAUCAGUGUUCCUUAAUAUGCAAUGGGUUGUUUCUCUGGCUGUUCUUAAAGACUUUUUUUUCCCUCUUGUCUUUAGUUUCCAGAAGUUUGCGAUGUGUCUUAGUGUGACUGCUUAUUGUGCUCGGGGUUCACUCAGCUUCUUGGACCAUUAUUUCUUCAGAUCCAUGGAAGCCAACGAAGUGCCCACUGUCCACCACUGUGCUUCUGAUUCUGCCACAGGGGGUGAGACCAGAGCCCCCCCAGGCACUGAGCUUAUCCCCAGGAGAGCUGUCAGUCGCUCUCCAACCUGUGCCCGCUGCCGAAACCACGGCGUCACUGCCCACCUCAAGGGCCACAAGCGCCUGUGCCUCUUUCAGGCUUGCGAGUGUCACAAAUGUGUCCUCAUCUUGGAGCGCCGGAGGGUCAUGGCUGCCCAGGUGGCCUUGCGUAGGCAACAGGAGGCACAGCUAAAGAGGCAUCUGGCUCAGGGACUGAUGAGGAGAGGGGAGGCUCCUCCCAAAGCUCCUAGCCAUGCCAAGAAGGGAGCCACUCGACCAGGGGUCCCCCCUGGAAAGGAGAACAUAGCACCCCAGCCUCAGACACCCCAUGGGGCAGUCCCACUGGCACUGACACCUCCUGGGAAGGAUAACUCCCGGGGGCCUCUGCUGCUCAGCCGUCCCCCAGAAGCCUUGCCUUUGUCCUGGACUCCAGUGCCUCCAGGCUCUUGGGCUCCUGGACACUGGCUGCCUCCAGGCUUUUCCAUGCCACCUCCUGUGGUAUGCCACGUGCUAUGCCAAGAACCUACAGUCCCUCUGCAUCCCUUUCCUGGCUUUGACCCUGGCACUUCCCUCCGGCUGCCCACUCACGGGCCCCUCCCAACCUGCGCAGGAUCUCGUCCGAUACUGACGGCUCCUCUUUCUGGAGAAUCCCAAGGGCCCUCUGCACUGCCCCGCGCAUGCUCUACUCUGAUACUCCAGCCCUGUGGCACCCCAGACCCUCUUCUGCUGCAGCCACAGGCCCCCGGAGCUUCUCGCCUGGCCUGGACCUCUGCCUCCUCAGAGUGGCAGCUGCAGCGUGAGGCAGCUGAGGCUCUUGUGGAUCUGAAAGAUUCUUCCCAGGCUCCCCGCCUGACCUCUUCUGUUCCCCCCAACCCUGCCUGGAUCUCCCUGCUCCACCCCUGUGGCCCACCAGCUCCCGCUGGAGGAAGAGGAUUCCAGCCUGUUGGCCCCUCUCUCCGACCCAGCCCAGCCCCCUCUGUGGCUCUGCAUAUUGGGCGUCUGGGCUCUAUCUCCCUCCUAAGCUAGAAGCCCAGAGAUGGAGGCCUUGCUGGGGCAAGAAGCAACAGCCUGCGGGCACUGCAUAUUUGGUAUUUUACUUCCGGAUUUAUGCAUGGAAUUUAAUGUAGUACAAGCUUCCGGCUUUUCUUUUCUUUUCUUUUCUUUUUUCCCUUUUUUAAGCUUUCAGGUGCUUUGUUAGCUUUUGGUUCCUUUUGUAGUGUGGGCAUUUCCUUGAAUGAAAGUGGUAUUCUCUUACUCACUUGGAUCCUGGCACCUUUUUAAAAUCCCCAACAAAGUGAGAGUUGUGCAGUUUAAGCUAACCAGUAUCUAAAUAGGUUUUUGCAUGAGUUCACGUUCCAGAAUAUUUAUUUGACAUAUGAUCCUGUACAUAGCUGUGCACUCAUGUCUGUCUCCAUGCAUGCAAAAACAGGAGAGUAUUUUCAUUUUGUGUCUACCUUUGGGUGAGUAACUGGGAAAUAAACCUUUGUUGUU